UUUAACUUCUGCUCAGGAAAAAAAAAAAAACUGAAACUGAAACUGAAACUGAAGCUAAUUUCUCCGUCGUUUGGGCUACCACUCAAGUCAAAAACAGCAGCCAUCACACCACCUGCAAGCUACCUUCCUCUGCCAACAUUUCUGUCAAACUCUUCACCCACAAAAUGCAGCCAUACCCAAUGUAAUUCAAGGCCCAAAAAAAACAACUGAAACUGAAGCUGAUUUCUCCAUCGUUUGGGCAACCACUCAAGUUAAAAACAGCAGCCAUCUCACCAACCGCAAGCUACCUUCCUCUGGCAACAUUUUUUGUCAAACUCUUCACCCACAAAAUGCUGCCAUACCCAACGUAAUUCAAGGUGAAGAUCAAAGAGAAAACCAUGACAGAAAUCGUUGUGACCCUUGUCAUCAAUGAGCUGGUUCAAUUAAUCGUUCAUGAAUCAAAACUGCUAAGGGGUGUCCACCAAGAAGUUGUAGACAUUAGAGAUGAACUGGAGAGCAUCCAGUGUUUCCUCAAAGAUGUAGAUAAAGGAGACCUCCAAGAUGGUUUCAAAACGUGGGUGAAACAAGUGAGAGAAGUAGCCUAUCAUAUAGAAGAUGUAAUAGAUGAAUAUGUACUUCACAUGGCACAACGUCGUCAUCAACAAAGUUUUAUUGCUUUCCUCCAUAAAACUUGUCGCUUAUUGAAAAAACUAAAACCACAUCAUGACAUAGCUACCAAGAUUCAAGAUAUCAAAAUAUCAGUCUGUGAAAUCAAGGAACGAAGUGAAAGAUAUGGUUUUAGUUCCUUAGAGCAAGGAUCAAGUAGCAAUGCAACAAAUGUUACAUGGCAUGACCCUCGAGUGGGUUCACUUUUCAUUGAGGAAGAUGAAGUUGUGGGUAUUGAGUCUACAAGGGAUGAACUCAUAAGCUGGUUGGUGGGGGGAGCAUCCAUACGCUCUGUGAUUUCAGUGGUAGGCAUGGGCGGAAUGGGUAAGACAACUCUUACCAAAACAGUAUAUGAGAAUGAAUCAGUGAAGGGACAUUUUGACUGCCGUGUUUGGAUAACUGUGUCUCAGUCAUACAACAUGCAGAAGAUACUCAUGUCCAUGACAAAGCAAAUUUACCAAGCAAAAGAAACGGCUCUAGGGCAAAUAGACAUGAUGGACGAGAUAACACUAAUUACCCAACUGAGAAAAUAUUUACAGCAAAAGAGGUAUGUUGUGGUUUUUGAUGAUGUCUGGAAGACAGAGUUUUGGGAAUUUGUGAAACAUGCUUUACCAUGCAAUGACAGAAGCUGUAGGAUUAUCAUCACAACACGUAAUGAUCUCGUUAGUGUUUCUUGUAAAGAAUCUUUAUUCGAUAAGGUCCACAAGCUACAACCUCUGUCUCAAGAUGAGGCUUGGGUAUUGUUUUGUAGAAAGGCAUUCCAGACCAAGUUUCGGGGGUGUUGUCCCAGAGAGUUGGUGAGACAGUCGAUGGACAUUGUCAAAAAAUGUGAAGGACUACCACUUGCAAUUGUUGCCAUAGGUGGUCUUCUGUCAACAAAGGAGAAGGUGCCAUUAGAAUGGCAAAAGUUGCUUGAUGGCCUUAGCUAUGAGCUAGCAUGUAAUCCCCACCUUUCAAACGUUGUAAAAAUUCUCUCUCUCAGUUAUCAUGAUCUGCCUUACUACCUCAAGUCUUGCUUCUUGUACUUUGGUCUUUUUCCGGAGGACUAUUCAAUUGCUGAUUUAAGACUAUUUCGAUUAUGGAUAGCUGAGGGCUUUAUAAAAAGAAAGAAGGGCAAACCAUUGGAAGAAGUAGCAGAAGAAUAUUUAGUGGAGCUUGUCCAUAGAAACUUGGUUCAAGUUUCAUUUGGGGAGCUUGAUUAUGAGUUGAGUAGAAAGUACCGAAUCCAUGAUCUACUGCAUGAAAUCAUAAUAUCAAAGGCUGGAGAGUUGAAUUUCUGUCAAGUCCUGGAAGCAGGUGACACAACUUUCCAUGGAAAAAGUCGGGGCCUAUCAAUCCACGAUGCUAGAGAAAUUCUUUUUGAGACAAGUGAGUACACUCGAGUUCGUUCUAUUUUUCUCUUCAACAUUAAUGAGAUGCCCAGGUCUUUCAUAGUUAAAUUGUUCAAAAAGUUCAAGCUUUUGAAAGUGUUGGAUUUCGAAGAUGCUCCUAUUGAUUAUCUUCCUCAAGAAGUGGGUAAUUUAUUCCACUUGAAGCACUUAAGUUUGAGGAGAACAAAAGUGAAGAUACUUCCAAAGUCGGUGGGUAGGCUAUUGAACCUACAGACACUAAAUGUCAUGGAAACUGCAGUGCGAGAGUUACCAAUUGAGAUAUUUAAGCUUCAUAAGCUAAGGCAUAUUUUGGCUCAUUCUCAUGACUUCGAAAUUAAAAGCAACUUUUAUUCAGUGCGAGGAGUAAAAAUACAUGAAGGCAUUGGAUGUUUAAAUGACUUGCAGAUGCUAUCAUUUAUUGAGGCAAAUCAUCAUGGGGUUGGUCUAUUUGAACAGCUCGGAAAGUUAAGUCAAUUGAGGAUGUUGGCCAUUUCAAAUGUCACUGCAAAAAGUGGAAGGGCUUUGUGUACCUCCAUACAAAAUAUGGUCCACCUUAAAAUUUUGGUUGUAGGCUCCACCAGUGAAGAUGAGAUUAUAGACUUACAAUCAAUUUCUUCACCACCUCAAUUUCUAGAGCAUAUCUCUCUAUGGGGGCGAUUGAAGCAGUUGCCCAACUGGAUUCUAGAGCUUCAGAAUUUGGCCACACUAAUCUUAUCUUUCUCAUCAUUGAAGGAAGAUCCAUUGUCGUCUGUCCAGGCUUUGCCGAAUCUAGUUACCAUUUCCCUCAAUCAUGCGUUUCAGGGGGAGCAACUGCAUUUUGAGGAAGGAGGUUUUCGAAAACUCAAGAGGCUCACACUCAGAGAGAUGAAAAAAUUAAAGAUGGUGAAAAUAGACAGAGGAUCAUUGCUCGAUCUUGAGCAACUAGAGAUUGGGCCAUGCCCGCAGAUGAAGGAGCUACCCUCUGGAAUCCAGCAUCUGGAAAGCCUAAAGAUUCUCGACUUCUAUGAAAUGCAGGGAGAAUUUGUGCUACGUAUGCAACCAAAUGGAGGCGAAGAUUAUUGGAAAGUCAAGAAGGUAAGUACUAUUCGUCUUUGGUAUAGGAUUAAAGGAGAACGAUAUCAAACAUACAAGCUGGGUGACUCACACUUGUUGGAGCAUCUGCAAGGAGUUCCAACCUAGCAGCUGUAAUUAGGCUUGGGCCAGCACAUGAUCUUUGAUAAUUAAAAGCUUCAUUCUUCCAAGAAUUUUGGCCGAGUAGAGGAUUAGGACUUCGCGAUCCUCUUUCACAUUUUCUAUUCAUUAUAGGGGAUGAUGUUAGAGCAUAUUUGGAUUACCCUGAAGUUAGGGAUUUGAUGAGAAUUGUAUUGCAUUUAAUAAAGACUAGAUUACUUUGAAUUUAGUGAUUUGAUGAUGUUGAAUCACUAUAAAUUAAAGGAUUUGAUUAAUUAG